AUGAGCCAUACUGGUGAUUCCUCGUCGUUUAUUGAAGAACCCGUUUCUCCCAGAGUUAGAGUCAGGGAUUUGGAAAGGCAGGUCUUAGCAUUGCAAUACAGGCUAAACACUGAGCAAAAUGAUGCUGAAAUCCAGAAAUUGUCGCUGGAACGAGAGCUAACAGGUAUUGGUACAAAGUAUAAACAAUGCAUGGAAGAAUUAGAGAAGGCGUUGAGCGAUACACGUUAUUUGUACGAUCAGAAUGGAAAGUUGGAAAAACGACUGGCGGAUAUUGAAAGUAAAAACGAGAGCCAAGAAGAGUUAAGAAAGAUUGAGGCAAAAGUUUUGGAGUUGACGCAUGCACUGCGAUUGAAGGACCAGGCUUACGAGGAACUAUCCAGUGAACAUCAGUCAAUGUUGGCGCGAUAUGAGCGGAAGGUGGAAAAUUUGACGGUGGAAGUCGACGGGAAUAAAUCAUUGCUUUCAAAAUACGAAGAGGAGAUAGGACGUCAUUCUGAGAAGAUUAGGUCGCUCAGUCAAGAGUGUGCGAAGAAGGAGGAUGAGAUUUCUGUCCUGAAGGCUUCGAAGGUUGUGAUGGCACACCAUAACUACAAUACAGAAGAGCUGCAAGAACUAACCAUUCUGAAUAAUACUCUAAAGGAGCAGAUGGCGUUGUCGAAAGAGCUUGAGAGAGCCAACUUGGAGCAGGCUAACGAACUCAAGCGGUUACGGCAGAAAAGCGAGUCGCAAGAGUUCUUGAAACUUGAGAAUUCUAAACUUCAGCUGAAGCUUGAGCAAGUUCCAGCAAUGGAGCAGAAACUAGAAGAUCUCCAACUCGAAAAUGUGCUGUUGCAAGAGAAGUUGACAAACUGGGAACUGUACAAGACGGAGAGCUCUUCGCCACAAGACGUGAUUCGGGAGUACCAACUUCUAAAGCAAGAGCGGCUGGCGCUAAGUGACGAGCUCAGUAAGAUUCAGAUAGAUUUUAGCAACAUGAAAAUACUGAAUGAUGAACUAGCACUUGAACGUAACCAGUUGCUAGACUUGAACAAGAAAUAUGAAACUAGCAUUCUUAAUCUGAAGAAGCUCAACUAUGAGAUUGAGCAACAGAAGCUCCUUUCAUUUGAGGAGUGUAAGCUACUCAGGCAGCAGCUGGAUGAUUUAACAGAGAUAGACAAGAAUUCGAGAAAUGCGAAUGCCGAUAGAAAAGAAUUCCUUUCACUAGUUGACAACUACAAAAACCAGACAGAGGAUUUAACAAGCGAGUUGAUAAAGCUAAAUGAAGAACUCUUGCGCCAGAGCGAGGCCGAUGAGAAUACUUCGAGAAAGAAGCGCAGAAAAAGCGACGACUUAGCUCUUACCUACUCACAACGCUUAAAUGAGCUGCAAUUGAAAAACAAGGAUCUCGAAAGGAAGCUAGCAACCAGUCAGGAAAGUACCCGCAUGCUAGAGGAGAAGCUAGGAAAACUUCAAUUGCUGAAUGAGAAGAAAAUUCGCAUUCUGCAAUUGCGCAAUAAUCCAUACUUAAACGACCAAUUUGUGAAGCAGAAGCAGCUUAACUUGUUAAAAGAAGAGAAUUCUGCACUCCUAAAAAAACUAGACGGAGAAAACGAAGCAGAUCUUGUGCCAAGGUCUGUUUACGAAAGACAACAAUUCGAUAUUAAGCAAAUGGAACAAGAACUGUUUGCCAUCAAUAAAAGAACUACCCGUUUGAAAGAGAUGUUUAAUAGAAAGUCCCUAGAAUUCAUAGAUGCUGUCAAUUCGCUUCUAGGGUUCAAGCUUGAAUUUCAAGUUGGUGGUAAAGUAAAAAUGAUUCCUUGCUUUACCCACGAUAAGUACUUGAUUGCAGAUUUGCAAACAAACACAUUAAAAUCUAAUUUAGACAAAGUAAUACCAGGCUGGAAUAAUUUCUUAGAGGAAUAUGUGGGUAAGAAAGGUCAACUGCCAUGCUUCUUGGCUAAAGUAAUACUAACUUUGGCUGAAAACCACGAUCAAUGA